AUGGCGCUCUCAAACCCCGCCUCAGAUACCGCAGGAUCAGCGAUCUCACCCCACAAAGCCGGUCUUACCAGCGCACUCGGUAUGCUCGCGAUGCAAGACCCCUCCGUUCCAACACCCGGCAAGUGCCACAUCGAUAGAUGCGCCGUCGAGAUUAUGAUACAAGUGGCUGAGAGUCUGGGAUACAAGGGUCUAUGUUCUUUGGCACGCGCCUCGAAGCGCUACACAGAGGCUGCGCAGGAUGUCCUCUACCGCUUUGUCGACCUUCGUCCGGAGGACCAAAAUUCAGAAUAUUUAGAGAGUUCAGAUGACGAGUCCACAUUCGACCGUCCCACCAAGUCUGCUCUCGCCGUGUUUCUCUGGACCAUCAAACAAAAGCCUCACCUGGCUACCAAAGUUCAGGACUUAUGGUUCCUGCCGCGUUCGCUACCUGUCGAGUAUCCACAGCUUAUGUAUUCCAGCGUGUCGCCCGUCUCUCUAAUGGUCAAGCCCGGAAGCUAUGUAGUCGAAGUAGACGAGAAGAAGCUCGCUUGCGAUCUCCUUGCUCGUCUUACCGAGUUGCGUUCUUUGACCAUUACCGCUUUGGACGACUACACCUGCAUGACCGAAUUGGACAAUCCUGAUAACUAUGGCCUUCCUUAUUGGAAAGAUGACGGGGACCGCAAGUUAAAGCUCGCGAGCUGGUUAGGGGAGCUGACCAAGACCGACUUUCCAGACCUGGAACGAGUUGAGGUUGUGUGUUCGGUCGGAUAUGGAGAUGAUAUGGGAUUCAAGCAGCGUCUUGAGCAGUCUGCAGAAGUUCGCUUCCUCGAGACUAUCGGUGUGGCAGUGGUGGUCAGGAAGGAGUGA